AUGACUAAAGACUGAAAAGAAAGACAAUUAAAUCGUGCAAAACCAUCAAUUAUUCAUUUAUAUAUUAUACGUGGUAUUAUGGGUAAUCGAAUUCAAGCUUUUUCAUCCGAUGCAAGCAAAUAUAUUGGACCAUAUUUAAGUGCUUUAAAUUCAAAUGAGCCAUACAUCAGCAUCAAAUGUCGAGCAACAACAUCGUACGAAAAGGUUGUCGUAAGACAUGGUGCAGAAUCAGUUAUACAAUUAGCUUCUAACAUUCAAUACAAGAAAGAUAUUAGUUAA